GUGUGAGCAAACUAGAGAGCGAGAGAGAGAGAGAGAGAAAGAGAGUGAACGAGGGGGCCAUCUCUGUGUUCUCUCACCUACACCCCCCCCCAUCAAAGCGCAAGGAGGAGGGGCCAGAGCGAGCUGCCAAUCAACUUCACUCGUGGCAGCCGGCAUUAUCUCGCCUGAAAACUAUUGACAGAUUACAUGUCAAGGAGUUUAGUACAUGAUUGAGAGAAAAAAAAAAAGACUCUUUAUCGCCCACUUAUUCUAGUCUGAAUUUCCCGCAGGCCAGAUUCCUCUCUGAUGAUUUUCACACAGAGUUCGUUGUAUUAUGAAAGUUACAUGCUUGGGAGGAUUUAACUUCGACUCUCCUGAAUAUGCUGAAAGGGGUUUAUGCACUGAAAAGACCUCAGGAAAAUCCACGAUGGCCGCCAAAAGAAAAGGUGGCCUAAAACUCAACGCUAUCUGUGCCAAGUUGAGCCGGCAGGUGGUGUAUGAUGGCAGCUCCCAGAACGCCGAGGGCGACCCGAGCCUGGCGGACAAUAGCGAGCGGGGCAGUUCGCACUACGACGAGGGCGACAGACCCGAUAGCGAUUUCUCCGAAGGCUUGACGCUGGGCCAGAGCCUAGAGGAGGACCAGAAACGGCGCGAGGCCAUCGAGAAGUGGGUGAACGGCGAGUAUGCUGAUGACCCGGCAUCCUUCGAAGAUGACGAGCCAAAGGGGUCCAAAGCCAAUGGCGGAGAAGAUGGGCCUCCAGAGGGCGUGUACAUGGUACAGCCCAAAGGCUGCAGCGACGAAGAAGACAAUGGGGACGAAGCCGAAGCAAUGCCUAUGUCCCACGAGGGCAGUUACCAUGAUGACAGGGACUCAGAUAGUCCUCAAAAAGAGACGAGCUACCCGCCGUCCAGUGAGACCCCUAACUGCCAAGCUUCCUUCUCUUCUCCAGGGGAAGCCUCUGUCCUGCGCGACUAUGCAGCCAGCACCAUGAACGAGUUCCUCCACAUGUUUGGCUACGAUGAACAGCAGGGCCGUGACGAGCUGGCCAAGAAGAUCAGUUUUGAGAAGAUGAAAGCCGCUACCUCAGACCCCUCAUCCCUGACUAGUGAGGAGGCCACGCGCCGAGCACGCUUCUCCAAGUAUGAGGAGUACAUCCGCAAGCUGAAGGCCGGAGAAGCUCUGCCCUGGCCCAUGCACACCAAACCCGAGGAGCUCAACUCGAAAAUAACGCCGGAAAAAAGCAGCACACUCCUGCAUCCUUCCUCCUCCCUCCCAGGACCUGAGACUCAGAUGUUUUCCACCAGUGUGGAGCACAAGCAAGCCCAGAUCAGUGGCAACCCAACUGGCAUUCCUACCCAUAACCUGGCAUCCCGUGCCUCCAAAUAUGACUUCUUCAUCCAGAAGCUGAAGAUGGGUGAGAGCCUGAGGCAACAGAAUGGCAAUGCUUAUAAGAGGCCUUCCAAAUAUGACCUGGAGAAUGUCAAGUACUUGCACCUUUUCAAGCCAGGAGAAGGCAACCCUGAUAUGGGCGGAGCAAUUGCUUUCAAAACAGGUAAAGUGGGCCGGCCUUCCAAAUAUGAUAUACGAAACAUCCAGAAGCUUCUCCCUGGGAAGGGUGAUUCUCCCAUGAUGCCUAGUGUUCUGUCCUCCACACCGGGCACCCCGGGCACGCCCGUGAUUCCAACAGCCGCUUCUGCCGGAGCUGUUGGACCCCCAUGCUUACCAGUAGACCAGGUGGGCCAUAUGGGCUUUAACACUGACUAUAUGAAGUCCAGCUUCUCCAAAACUGACUCCAUCACUACUGGAACUGUUUCCUCAGUCAAAAACGGCCUUCCUCCGGAGAAACCCGUGACAGAGGACGUCAACGUCUACCAGAAAUAUAUCGCCAGGUUUUCAGGGAGCCAGCACUGUGGACAUGUGCACUGUGCCUAUCAGUACAGAGAGCAUUACCACUGCAUGGACCCUGAGUGCAACUAUCAGAGAUUCACCAGUAAACAGGAUGUGAUAAGGCACUACAACAUGCACAAGAAGAGGGACAACUCGCUGCAGCAUGGCUUCAUGCGCUUCAGCCCUCUGGAUGACUGCAGCGUGUAUUACCAUGGCUGCCACCUGAAUGGCAAGAGCACUCACUACCAUUGUAUGCAGGUGGGCUGUAACAAGGUGUACACUAGCACCUCCGAUGUCAUGACUCACGAGAACUUCCAUAAGAAGAACGCACAGCUGAUAAACGACGGCUUCCAGAGGUUCCGCGCCACCGAGGACUGCGGGACAGUGAGCUGUCAGUUCUACGGGCAGAAGACCACACACUUCCACUGCAGGCGUCCCGGGUGCACCUUCACCUUCAAGAACAAGUGUGACAUUGAGAAGCACAAGAGCUACCACAUCAAGGACGACGCGUACGCCAAGGACGGCUUCAAGAAAUUCUACAAGUACGAGGAGUGCAAGUAUGAGGGCUGCGUGUACAGCAAGGCCACCAAUCACUUCCAUUGCAUUCGCCAGGGCUGCGGCUUCACCUUCACCUCCACCAGCCAAAUGACGUCGCACAAGCGCAAACACGAGCGCCGUCACGUCCGCUCCUCGGGCAUGCUAGGCCUCACGUCCUCCUUCCUCCUGCCCAAGGAAGAGCAAGAAGAAUCCAGCAACGAUGACCUGGUGGACUUCUCAACCAUUAGCAGCAAGAACUCCAGCCUGAGUGCUUCGCCCACCACUCAGCAGUCCUCCACUGUUCCCCACCUGAUGUCCACACCCACUACAGCUAGUACCUCCAGCCCCAGCAUCAAGCCCACUACCACUCUCCCCGCCGCCAGCCGCAUCUCCACUCUCCUCUCGCAGGCUCUUCCUAGUAACAUGCCUGUAGCCCUGGCGCUCUCUGGCAGUGCCCUGAGCGGUGCAUCCAACUCGUUCUUCCCACUUUUACCCAGGCUGCCCCUGCAGAUGCCCCCAGCAGCUGCUGGCAUGAUCUCUGCCGUGAGCUCCUGUGCCCUCUCCACACCCCGGGACUCUGUGGCUCCAAGCUCCAGUUCAGUUGGCGAGGCGGCAUCUGUGGCCUCAACCCCAACUUCCUACUCUGCGUCCUCAAUCAUGGACAAGAUCUCAGCCAGUAAGGGCUUGAUAUCACCCAUGAUGGCAAGAUUGGCUGCUGCUGCACUCAGUACUACGAGCAACCCUGACACAGGAAACGGACAGCAGGCUCAGACAAGCCGGUUUAAUCCGGUUCAAGUGAAGCAGGAGCCAAUGGACAGCACCUCUGGGCCUUCCCAGGAGUCCAUGCAAGAACACAGCCUUGACCUGAGCAAGAAAGACCACGGUAAUGAAUCAAACGGACACCCUGUGCCGGGGAAUCAAUCUCUUUUAUCCUCACUUAUGAAUAAGAUGUCGCAGGUGAAUCCGGGUUUCUUCAGCGCUCUGAACUUGAAGUCGGAGCUGGAGAGCGGCCAGGCAGCUGAUAGCUCUGACGCGGCUCAGUACCUCAGCAGGCUGGUCAAAAGACCUGUUCUGGAGAAACCAGCCGAGUGGAAGACCUACCUGCACAGAUAUGAUAUUGAUGAAAUCUGUGAUGCCCAGUGUGACUUCCUGCACAAAGUCCACUUUCAUUGUCUUGUGGAGGACUGCGGCGCGCUCUUCAGUACAGUGGAUGGAGCCAUCAAACACGCAAACUUCCACUUCAGAGCCAACCUAAAGGUUAAACCAGAGACCGCUUUCAACGAGGCCAAGGAGUCCAGCGAGGGCGUCCCCAAUCAGCUCGCUGUGCCCGUCUCUGUGCCCAACACUCCGCCCAUGGACGUGCCCAGUGCAGCAGUGUCAGGGGCCUAUGCUUCUUCACCCUCCCUGUUGGCAUGGAAGCAGAUGACGGGCUCCAUCCCCCCACUUCCUGCCUCUGUGCCCAACAUGGCCGCCUCCUCGCCGCUUGCUACCACUUCACUGGAGAACGCUAAGCCUCAGGUCAAACCGGGCUUCCUGCAGUUUCAAGACAAUGACCCCUGUCUGGCAACUGACUGCAAAUACUCCAACAAAUUCCACUUCCACUGUCUGUUUGGCAACUGCAAGUACGUGUGUAAGACGUCUGGAAAGGCCGAGUCACAUUGCCUGGACCACAUCAACCCCAACAACAGCUUGGUCAACGUGCGAGAUCAGUUCUCUUACUACUCGCUACAGUGUCUCUGUCCCAACCAGCACUGUGAGUUCAGGAUGAGAGGACACUAUCAUUGUCUGAGACCAGGCUGCUUCUUUGUCACCAACAUCACCACCAAGCUGCCGUGGCACGUCAAGAAGCACGAAAAAGCCGAGCGACGUGCAGCCAACGGCUUUAAAUACUUUACCAAGAGAGAGGAGUGCGGCCGCCUCGGCUGCAAGUACAACCAGGUGAACAGCCACUUCCACUGCAUCCGUGAAGGCUGCAUGUUCUCCUUCCUGCUCAAGCACCAGAUGACGUCUCACGCCCGCAAGCACAUGAGGAGGAUGCUGGGAAAGAACUUCGACCGAGUCCCGUCCCAGGUGAUGCCUCCUGGUCACCAAGCAGAUGAGAUGCAGCACAUGGCUAACAUGGCCUCUUCCGGCACCAUGGGCACGCACUCGGGCCUGUCUCAAAGCUUCUCCAACAUGGCGGAUGACAACGAUGACUACAUGGACUACAUGGGUGGAGGAAGUCCACUGGGCCUCUCGUCUGAGUCGUCCAACCAAGACCGCAGCUGCACCAGCACUCCUGUGGGCAAUGACAGCUCCCCUGCAGGACCAGGUUCUCAGAUCCCUGCUCCUACUCCCAUUACCUCUGCUGACACUCCCCCCACCUCUCAAUCUGCACCACCACCACCUCCUCCUCCUCCUCCACUUCCUCCUCCACCUUUACCUCAGGCUCCGCUCCAGUCCCAGCCUCCUUCUUUCCCCCCAACCCUCCUGCGUCCUCCUCUUCCCUCACUCCCAUACCUCCUCUCUCCAACCUGUGUCUCAUACUCUCUGCUCAGCGCCUCUCUUGGAGCCACUCGGAGUGUUGUCAUGCCAACCAACACACCAGCUUUCAGCCCCAUCAUUGCCACUCCGUCUCCGGUUAAAAAUGACGUGCCUAUAGUGCAGGACGCUGCAGGGAAUACCAUCUCCAUUCCAGCAGCAAGUGGUGCCAAGAAGCGCUUCUGGAUCAUCGAGGACAUGUCACCAUACGGCAAGCGGCGCAAGACAGCAUCCUCGCGCAAGAUGCUGGACGAGGGCAUGAUGCUGGACGGCUUCCGCCGCUACGACCUGUACGAGGACUGCAGGGACACAGCGUGCCAGUUCUCGCUCAAGGUGACUCACUACCACUGCACCCGUGAGAACUGUGGCUACCGGUUCUGUGGCCGCACUCACAUGUACAAGCAUGCGCAACACCAUGACCGCGUCGACAACCUCGUCCUUGAUGACUUCAAGCGCUUCAAGGCGUCAUUGAGCUGCGACGUGGCCGACUGUCAGUUCUCAGGCAACUCGACACACUUCCACUGCCUGCGCUGCUCCUUCCGCUGCACGGACAGCACCAAGGUGACGGCCCACCGCAAGCACCACGGAAAGCAGGACGUAAUCAGCGCUGCCGGCUUCUGCCAGUUCAGCUCCAGCACCGACUGUACCGUGCCCGAUUGCAAGUACAAGCUCAAGUGCUCGCACUUCCACUGCACAUACCCUGAGUGCAAGCAUACAGUGGUAGGCAUGUCGCAGAUGGACUCGCACAAGCGCAAGCAUGAGAAGCAAGAGCGUGGCGACGUGCCCUCGUCCGUCUCUCCUAACCGGGAGGCUGGGCAACACCAGACAGGGCUGGUGGCACCACCAACUUCCAUUAGUCUACCCCCUACAUCACCUGGUGCUCAAGGGCUGCCCCACAAUAAUGCAGCCAUGUACCUCGCUUCAGCAAUGGGCACCGAGUACCCCAAUCACACACGUUCAACCCUCAGCCUGGAUGGCUCUCUGAAUCUCGGCACCGAUGUCAGCAGCUCACUGUUCUUCCUGAAGAAUGCCAGCGGCCUGGGCCUCAGCGACUCCCUGGACCUGAGCAAGAAGCUACAACAGCGCGAGGCACUGUUUUCUAUGGGGCCUGGAGCUUCCAUGCCUGCUUCCAUGAGCCUGAGCAAUCCACAGGAUGACACCACGGGCACGUCAGGCGAGCCCGAGGACGAGCUGUCACCCGACGAAGAGCCCACGCACGAGGACGAGGACGACGAGGACGAUGAGGACGACCCUGAGGAAGACAUGAACACGGACUCGUACGACGACUCCCUGCCCGAGCACGAUGGAGAGAAAGACAACGAAGACUGUUUCGAUGCUUCCAUGAACCAUGCCGAGGCUUCCCACCUGGAAAAAGACAAGUCCGAGGCCGACCUGUGAACCACGCUGUACGCACUCGAAGAAACAAUCCCUGCGUGCAAUGAACAAACCCCAGUUCGAGUGGCCUCGUUUAUCACGUCUAGAGACACCGCACAUGACAAGGAAAUGACAAAUACGCAAGAAAAGUGAAGGCCCAAAAUGAUUUACGAUGUUUACAUGAUGACCAACAUUAUUAAUUUAAUUAUGCAUUAAAAAUGAACAGAGAAACAGACAGACAGACGAGGCCGUCUUUUACACAUGGGUGGCAAUGUAAACAUUUUCCUACGCAUCAGUCUUUUUUUGUGUGUGUGCGUGCAUGUUUGAUUUUAAUUUAUUCUAUUUUGUUACUUUUUGUGUGUGGAGAAAAAAAAUAUAA